AGUUGCGAUUCAACUGCGGGUGCUGGCGCCGCCGAUUCUGGUAUGGUGGACAAUAAGGAAGCUUUGUCUCGAUCAAUUUUAGAUUCCACCGAUCUAAUUGACAAUAUGACAAGCUUUUUGGAAGCCGGCGCCGUUGAUGUUGAUAAGAAAAUUCUACGAAAUAUGGCUUUGGCACUGACCAAACAUUUAAAUGACACCAGCCCUGGCACUCUACAAGAUGUGACAAUGGACAAUCCAUAUGGUAUCGGUUAUCGUUCACCCUGUGUCAGCUUGCAACAGCCCUUCCAAGGCUCCACAUCUCCAGCUGGCCAUGGCCGUUCAGUAAGGGAAUUUGAAGAACAAAUGGCAACAUUGCGCAAAGAAAAUUUCAAUUUGAAAUUGCGUUUGUAUUUCAUUGAGGAGAGUAUACCGGGCUAUCAGCAAGCCUCAAAUUCCACGGAGGGUCAAGAUACGCUAAUGAAACAGCUGAUUGAUGCCCGUGUGGAAAUGGAGAUUUUACGCAAGGAGAUCCAAGAAAAACAAGAUCUAUUAAAGGAAGCUGCUCAGGCCAUGACACAAAUGGAGAAAAUCCAAAAGGAUACGGAAUUCAAAUAUCAGGAAAUGCUUGAUGAGCUAAAACAGAAGAUACAAUACAUGGAAAUGGAUAGGGAAAUUGAGAAGACAAAGUCAUCGUCGGCGGCAGGAGGAGGUCAUGGUGAAUCCAUGAGUGAUUUACUGGGACGUUCGGAAAUUGCCGAAAACAUGAAUGCCUUGCAGAGGAUACGCGAUUUGGAAUCAUUGCUAAAACAAUCCGAUGACAAACUUGAAGAUUUCCAACAACAAAUAAGCAAGCUAGACGAAAUCUUGGCCAAACGUGAUGAAACCAUCCAAGAAUAUGAGGAAAAAGUCAAGGAACUGGUAUUCCAAAAUGCUGAACUCUUGGAGUCGGUGGAAAAUCGUGAUUUAGAAUUGGCCACGAAAGAGCGUUCCAUAAAAGGUCUUCGUUCUGCCAAUGCAGAACUUAAAUCUGAAAAUGAAAAACUUGUAAAGGCAUUCAAAAGCUCUCAGGAUAAUUUCAAUCAAGAAAUGUCUAAUAUUAAAGAAUAUGAGAGUAAAAUGAAUCAACAACAAGAAACGUUAGCGAAAAUUCAAACCCAACAGCUGAAACAAGAUUUGCAAAAAUGUAAAAUGGAGGUGGCGGAUAAAAUGUGUCUGGUACAGGAAUUGGAAGAUAAACUUAGCAAUCGGGAUCAAUUGUAUGACAAGGCACGUUUUACCAUACAGAAAUUAAUGUUGCACAUUAAAAAUCAGCAGGCUGAAAUAAAUCGUCUCAAGAAUCACAAUACAAGUCAAAAUGCAUCGUCCGCAAACAGUAACAACAUUAACAACAACACGGCAAAUAAUGAAAAAGAGGCUGCUGUGGGCAUAAGUGGCCUUGAAGUUACCGGUUUCUGUCCAUCGCUAAGCGAUUCCGAUGCCAUACAAGAAAUGCCUUUGGCCCAGAAACAAAAAUAUGAAACCAUUAUACAGGAACAAGAGGCCGUAAUUGAAACCUUAAAGGCUGAUAUUAAAAAGAAAACUGCUGAUUUACAGCACUUCGUCAACAAGGAGUUGUGGGAAAAGAAUCGUGAAAUAGAACGCCUCAAUAAAAUGUUAAACAACAAUUCCACCACAUCGGCAAAUUGCCCCACCUCCCCGAAAAACAAUAACACCAGCAACAACAACAUUAGUCAAGAUGCCGUUGAACUUCAGCAAUCCUUUUCCGAUGUCGAAUAUGCCAAAGCUGUACAACGCAACAAGUUGCUGCAGCGUAAAGUUGAUAUUCUGUUACAACGUUUGGGUUCGGAACGUAAUACCGAUGCUGUUAUAUCACAAUUACGUACCGAACUGAAACAGGCUCGUUCAGAUGCCGAGAAUGCUGAAAAAUGGCGUCGUCAAUGUGGCGACUUGUGUGCCACAUUAUCUACACGUCUCGAGGAGUUGGCCGGUUUCCUUAAUUCCCUUCUAAAACACAAAGAUGUUUUGGGUGUUCUCGCCGUCGAGAAACGCAAGGCUAUGCGUCGGGCCGUAGAUCGCAGUCUCGACUUAUCGAAGAGUUUAAAUAUGACACUUUCGGUGUCUGGCCUAUCCAUGAUUGAUCACUCGCUGGCCGAACUGCACAAUCUCUCCGAUAUUUUGGGUGAUGUUGAGGCUGGCUUGGCCAACGAAACCUUCAAUUCACACGAAGAGUUACAUGCCGUCAGCUAUGCCAGUGGUCAACAAAUGUCCAUUGAAACGUUGAAGGCUGAAAACAAGGCCUUGAAGAAGGAAUUGGACAAACGACGCAAUGCUGAAAACAAAAAGGAAAGACGUUCUUUGCCGCUCAGUGUCAUGUUGGAGAAUCGUGAAAGUGAAUCAGAAGCCUGGUCAGAGCCAGAUCGUAAAGUUUCUCUCGCCCGCAUUGGCUUGGAAGAUCAUUCAUCUUCGCUUAUGCCACCACCAUCUAAAGAGCCAUCACACGCCCAACAAGCUGAGACCGACAGCGAUUACAGUGAAUCUGGUCAAUUGGAUAGCCGCAACAUGAAAUCAUCCCGCACCCAAGAACGCAUCAAUCAAUUGGAACAAAUCAUACAACAACGCGACAAUCGCAUUCUGGAAAUCCAACACCAAUUAGCCGAGGCCGAUGAUAUGCUGAGAAAGGAGAAAAUGAAGGUGGAGGAGUACACCGAAGAAUUGGAAGACUUGAAAGUACGCAAUAAAGAACUGCACGAUGAUUUGGUUGCCAUUGGCUCGCAAGAACCCAGCUCCGUGCACAAUGAAUCCAUGCUUUUGCAACAAAUUGAAGAAAAAUCUCGUUCCUUGGAAAAAAUGCAAGAAGAACACGAACGUCUGGUGAUGGAAUCACGUUUAGCGGAAAUGCAAAUCAAUUCCCUCAAGGAUGAAAUGGAAAAUAUGAAACUCAGACACGAAGAUGCUUUACAAAAGGCCAACGAACAACAGAAGCAGCAAUUGGCCAUGUUGCGUCAAGAAAUGGAUAAUCUGUUGCAAGAAUCCCUGCAGGCCAAACAGCAGGAAAUGGAUGAAUGCCGCAAACAGUUGAGUGACCUGCAACUGCACUACAUGGAGGCACAACGCAAUAUUGAAUGUUUGCAAGAGAACGAACAUGAAUUGAAACAAACCUUGGUCGAGUCCGAGUUGACGGCCAGAAAUUUGCAAAAACAAAUCGAUGAGAGUACGUUGAGGGCCUCAAAGGCCACAACGGAACGUGUCAAGGCAUUGAAUGAAAAAUUGCAAUUGGAAAAACGUUUGGAGGAGCUGUCCCAAGAAUUGACAACAUAUCAAACGGAACGUCAACAACUACAACAACAAGUUGAACAAUUGGAAACGGAACAAUCGCAGCUAAUGGAACGUUUGGCCGUCGCUCAACGUAUGGCCGAAGAGGCAAUGGCCUCAAAAGAAAAGGCGCAAAAGAAAGCCGAUGACACUUGUCAAUCGGGUUACACAUCGGAAGAAGUUCCACUUACCAUGGCCGCCAAUGGAGCUCAAACGGUGGCCCAACAACGCUUGGGAGAACAACGCACCCAAAAUUAUUCACCCGAUUUGGGUAUUGAAAGUGAUGCUGGACGUAUAUCAAGUGCUGAAUUGAGUAGUGCCCAAUUACCGCUAUUGAAAACUGUGGAAAUUAGUCCUAAUAAAGAAAAUCUAAAUGUAACUGAAGAACCUUUGGAUUCAAGUUUGGAAAACAUUAAACCAUCUAAUUUACCACCCAAUACAGCUGCUGGUACUGCUGCUGGCCAAGAUAAUCUCGCCUUUAAGAAACACGAUUGUGCCAAGGUAGAACAAGAAAACGCUGAACUGCGUCGUAAAUUGUUGCGCACAAAACGUGCCUUCGAAGACACCUAUGAGAAGUUGCGCAAUGCCAAUCAGCGCAAAGCACAAAUCGAAAAAGACAUUAAAAAUCAAAUACUCAAAACGCACAAUGUCCUCAAGAAUGUCCGUUCCAAUAUGGAAAAUGAAUUGUAA